AUUUUUUCACUGUCAGAAUUAAAGUCUAUGGAUGAAAUGAUUUUUGAUCAACACUAGUAUCUUCUAUUAAGAGGAUAAGACAAUAGACCGGCACUUAUGAUUGAGUGCGGUAAAGUAUGUUGCAGCAGUCGUUUCGUGGAUCCCAACCCAUAAAAUAAUAUUUGCAGAUGAAAGUAGCAACUGAGUAGGUUUGGUUUCCAGGUCUCAUUACUUCUUACUGGAUAUGUGAGUAUUUAAUUGGUUAUUACAUCUUUGGGUAGAGCACUACAAACAUCUUUCUCAGAACGGCAACUCAUUGUUAACGUUCUCUUGGACUGUCUCUGAUCAGCUACCCUAGCUACUUGCUUAUUUAUAUGAGAAGAAAGUCUUAACAGAACUAAGACAAUAAAGAUGGAUGAGUCACUGCUUGAGGUGGAUGUGGAACCGUUGUCAUCAUCAUCAUCAUCAUUAGCGAAAAGGUGGGAGGUACUGGUAAUGGGAGAAAUGAAGAAGGUGAGUUACAUAGCAAUGCCGAUGGUGGUCACAACUGUUUCCCAGUACAUGUUAAGGGUUAUUUCCAUGAUGAUGAUUGGCCACCUGGGUGAGCUCUCUCUGUCUGGUGCCUCCAUCGCCACUUCUCUUACCAACGUCACUGGCUUCAGUCUUCUGUUUGGGAUGUCAAGUGCACUGGAAACACUUUGUGGCCAAGCUUAUGGAGCAGAACGAUACCAGAUGUUAGGAAUCUAUACCUAUGGAGCCAUCAUAUCUCUACUUUUAGUUUGUAUACCAAUAUCUGUUCUAUGGAUCUUCACAGAAAGACUACUUAUUUUGAUCGGUCAAGACCCUUUAAUCUCACAUGAAGCUGGCAAUUAUUCAAUUUGGCUUAUUCCCACCCUAUUUCCAUACGCAAUUCUUCAAUUGUUGAUUCGCUUCUUGUUAGCUCAAAGUUUGAUAUAUCCAAUGCUUUUAAGUUCUGUGGCAGCUUUAGUGUUCCACAUACCUAUAUCAUGGCUGCUAGUAUUCAAGUUUAAGAUUGGAAGUGCCGGGGCAGCACUAGGCAUCGGUUUGUCAUAUUGGCUUAAUGUUGUCUUGCUUGGAAUUUAUGUCAAGUAUGCAUCAUCAUGUGAAAAGACUAGGAUCUCAUUCUCACAGCAUGUCUUUCCAAGCAUUAGAGAAUUUUUCCGACUGGGCAUACCUUCUGCUAUCAUGAUAUGUCUUGAGUGGUGGUCGUAUGAGCUUGUUAUAUUGCUCUCUGGCCUUUUGCCUAAUCCUCAACUUGAAACAUCAGUCCUGUCAAUAUGUCUUGUAGUCUCUUCACUUCACUACUUCAUACCAUACUCUUUUGGUGCUGCUGCAAGCACUCGAGUCUCGAAUGAAUUAGGUGCAGGGCAUCCAGAGGCAGCUAGCCUGGCUGCUUGGGUUGCAUCAUUUCUUGCGGUUAUAGAGGGGGUCACUGCAAGUGCAAUUCUUUUUAGCUGCAGGUCUGUACUGGGAUAUGCUUUCGGGGAAGAGAAAGAAUUGGUUGAUUAUGUCAAAGAUAUGGUUCCCCUUUUGAGUCUUUCUGUUCUGAUGGACUGCUUAGCAGCACUGUUUUCUGGGGUUGCUAGAGGAGUUGGGUGGCAGCAUCUAGGAGCAUAUGUGAACCUUGGAGCAUUUUUUCUGUGUGGAAUUCCGAUGGCAUGUGUGUUGGCUUUCGUUUUUCAUUGGAGAGGGAAGGGCCUUUGGACAGGUUUAACUACUGCUUCUUUGCUGCAAGGUUUGAUGCUUAUGAUGAUAACAUUCUUCACAAACUGGAAGAAGCAGGCAAGAGCGGCAAGGCAGAGGACAAUUGAGGGGCGAUCUCAGCUAACAAUUGAAUAAGUAAACACUUCAUUAUAAGGCUUCUAAUAAAAGUUUUCUUGGAAGAAGCUGUCCUAUUUCCUAAGAUGGCACCAGUGCACCGUAAAAAAGGUUUAAAGGAGCAAUCCCUUCUCUGAAAUUUUAUGAUCUGAAUAUGCAGUUGUGAAUUGAAUUAGAAAUAGAUUCACAUUUUGCUGGAUGCAAAUGUGUUGGAAGUUUGUAUCGUUUUUCUUAUUUGAUAAAAAUGGCCGUCCUCCACUGGAACUGUUUCACGCUAUGUUCAACACUAUUUGUAUAACAUUGUUCUGCACUGUUCUCAGGCUAAAA